CAUUGGCUGGUUGGCGGGUUGGCUGGUUGGCUGCUUGUUUGCUUUCUGGGGCGUGUUUCGGGACGGUUUCCUCAUUCCAUUCCCCCGCACUCUGCUGGGACAGGUGCAGACGUGCCCUCGCUGCUAUGCACCAACCGCUCUGAGCUGAUCAGUGACUUCAUGGCGGAGGGAGUGACAUCACUGGGCGGACUGAACGGGACCUUGGCCCCCCCGGAUCCCGCCCUGGCAGGGGGGGGCGACCCCCCGACAGAUGUGUGGAGGGUGGUACAAAUGGUCAUCACCGUGGUGAUCUUCUUGGUGGGGAUCCCCCUGAACGGGCUGGUGGUGUGGGUGCUGGGGGUGCGGGGGGGCCGGCGGGGGGGCCCCGGGGGGGAGGAGCCGCGGGGCGCCGGGACGUUCCGGAUGUACGUGGUGCACCUGGCGCUGGCGGACCUGCUGCUGGUCCUGCGGAUCCCUCUGAUGCUGGGCUACCUGGCCGCCCACUACAGCUGGCCCUUCGGCCUGGCCGUGUGCCGGCUGGUCAUGUUCCUGCGCGGCCUGGGCCUCUACGCCAACGCCUUCCUGCUGUGCGCCAUCUCGGCCGAGCGCUGCCUGUGCCUGCUGCACCCCGUCUGGUUCCGCAUGCGCCGCCCCCGCUGGACCGUCCCGCUCGUGUGCGCCCUCCUGUGGCUGCUGGCCACCGUGCUCAGCACCCCCUACCUCGUCACCAGCGCCGUCGUGCCCCGGGCCAACCGCAGCCAGUGCCUGGAGAGCAGCGGCUCCGCGCCGGGACUCCUGAUCACCGAAACCGUGCUCGGCUUCAUCCUCCCCCUGCUCCUCUUCCUCACCAGCAACCUGGCUGUGCUGGUGACCGCCAGGCAGGCAGGGGGCGCUGUGCCCACUUCCCCCACCACCACGCCCACGUCCAAGCGCAUGGUGCGGCUGUACCGCGUGCUCUUCCUCACCAUGCUCCUCUUCCUCACCUGCUGGGUGCCCUACUUCACCUUCCGCUUCCUGCUGAGGCUGGCGGCGAGCCAUCCGGACCGGGCGUGGCUGUUCAGCGCGUCCGUGAGCGGCGUGUACGUCUCGCUGUACCUGGUGUACGCCAAGAGCGCGCUGAACCCGGUGAUCUACGUGUUCGCCGCCCGCGGGCUCAGCCGCACGGUGCGCGCCUCCGUCUUCUCCGCCGUGGACCGCAUCUUCAACGAGGACACGUCCGACUACGCCCGGCGACGGUCGCUACGCAGGACCGACUCGCAGAUCUAGGGCCGCUGAGCCCGGCUGGGGGGGGGGGGGAGGGGGGGGGGGGUGGUUGUUCUGCACGUGCUCAGACUGCUUCUGUGACUGCGCAGCACAUUCAGAAUCAAUCCUUUGAGACUUUGAGGGAGGAAAAACUGAGCUUCACUCCAAGUGAUGUUGUCGGGAAGAACCUCCCUCCCGUAUAUACAUGGGCAAUCGUGCCCUCGGAUACUUGUCAUUAUCUCUGUGACUUCAGUGUCAAUCAUAAAUAAGAUUGAGGUCCUGGAGCACUUUGGUGUGUCGGUAUGAUGCUCCUAAAAGUUUCUCCUAUUUUCUCAGUUGUAUGGUGAAAAAGAGUUUGUCUUCAUGUGCAUUCCCCUGCAUACCCGAUGCUUCCACAGCACAUUGCCGUGUUUUUGUCUUUGUCUGAAUAGUGUUGGUGAAAUUCUCGAUGGUAAAUGAGUUACAACGUAAAAUUUGAAGACCCGUUUUUCAGAGCGUAAGACCACUGUAAAAAUAUUUUGCUUUAUAUUGUAUAUGUGACAAUUAGAAUAAACACAAGUAACAAAAUAUGUGUUUUACAAGA